GAGUCUUGGUUGGGUUGAGAGGAGAAGACUUUGUCUCCACGCGUCUCUUUCCCAACCUUCACUCUCUCUGCGCCCCUGCCCCUAAUUUUAGAACCCAGCUCUUUUCUUCACCUUCUAAAAUUCCCAUUUGCGCUGGUUGGUUGAUUUGCUUUGCCUCGCAAAACUCGGUGCUAUAGGAUGGCUUUGAAUCUGUCUCGUGGCUCAGUUCUGCCUAAGUAUCCUUCCCCAGAGCAUAGUUUGUGUUCUUCUGUUAGGUGUUCUAAUGGGUAUGUGAGGGAUCAAUGUAAAGAGAAGAGUUUGGAUGGUGAUGCAUCGAGUUCAAAUGCGGAGUUGAAGAAGAAUACCCAUUACAAGGGUGAAUUGGGUGGCUAUUGUGAGCCUUCCGUUGAUGAUAUUCUUGAUAGGUUGCCUGUUGAUCCUUUUGGGAUGGAUAUGAGGUCUACUUUUACGGCGAUUAGUGGUUGGCUUGAGGAUUUUGAGAAGGGGUGUGAGUCUUAUGGGUUUGGGGUGGAUGAACAGAAGAAGAAGGUGGUGGAUGGUGGGUUGUUUGCUGGUCUGAAUUGGGUUUGGAAUAGCGCUGUGAUAUUUCAACCGGAACUGGGUGAGGUGAAGUUUGAUGGAAUAUCGAUUCCAUAUGAUAGCUUUGAUGGGUUUGGGAUCAAUGAUGGAGGUUUUGUAUUGGACGACAAUGUGGAGGAGUUUCUGGGUUUUGGCCAUGUGGUGAACUUGGAUGUUGGUUAUGGAGCUAAGGAACUGCCGGUUGGAACUAUGGAAAGGCCAGAAUGUAGCAUAAAGAAUUUUGAUAGUGAAGGCGGUGCUCCACAUGAUGCUAUGUUUUAUGCAUUGGGUUAUCUCGGCGUUCAGGAUCUUCUUUCAGUUCAACGGGUUUGCAGGUCUUUGAAUCAUGCAGUCAAAAGUGAUCCUCUUUUAUGGAGGAGCAUUAACAUUGAUUGGCCAUUGAAUGAGAGGAUCACUGAUGAUGCUCUUGUAAAUUUAACUAGCAGGGCUCAGGGUAAUCUUCAAACCUUAAGUCUAGUGCAUUGUGCAUGGAUUACCGAUGUUGGGCUGCAUCGCGUGUUUGACAGCAAUCCAAGGCUGACAAAAUUAAGUAUUCCAGGAUGUAUAAAAAUAAGUGUUGAGAGCAUCUUGUUAAACCUAAGGACCUUGAAGUCUGCAGGCAAACCUGGAAUAAAGCAGUUAAGAAUUGGAGGUCUCUCUGGUAUAACAGACAAGCAGUUCGAAGAGUUAAAAUUCUUGCUGGGUGCAGAUAACCAUACCCAGGUUAAAGCCCCAAAACCACGGUAUUUUCAUGGUGGGCUAUCGUACCUCUCUUGUGAUGAUGAUUGCGCCAUUGACAUUGAAGCAUGCCCCAGGUGCCAGAGACUAAGUUUAGUUUAUGAUUGCCCAGCAGAGAGUUGCCAAGGGAAAUAUCAGAAGGCUCAGAUGUGCAGGGCUUGCAUACUCUGCAUAACUCGCUGUAUUAGCUGUGGGUGUUGCCUUGGAGACUGCGAUUAUGUGGAGACGUUUUGCCUACAGUUGCUUUGUUUGGAAUGUUUGGAGAACCUACUCAACUGUCAAGAGAGGCAUGGAGAAAAUGGUGCUACCAAAUGUGCCAUAUUUUGUCAGGAGAGCAGGUAUCAGUUUUGCCUUUUUGGCUAAUGGGAAACCACAUUGCUGCAUAUUGGUGUGCUGUUGGUUCUGGACUGGAAUCUAGAAGGUUUGGCUGUUUAAAAAAUGGGCAGAAGCUAUUUAAUGCAUGCUUAGUUUCCUGAGGAUUUUUGUUACCAUGAGGAAAUUGCAUGAAGGAAAAAGAAAAAAGAAAAAAAAAAAGGAAAAUGUGAAAAAAUAGAAAAAAGAACAGAACUGAGAGGAGUCUUGCGGAAGGGAAAGUGAAAAUAAAAGAGGUAGUAUGGAGAAGUUUGUUUUGAAAAUUUUAGCUCAUUCCAAGUGAUUCCCGUCCUGAGGGGUUGCCAAAGGCAAUGAAGAAAACUAUCUGGAAAACUUUACGGAGUGGAAUUGAAGCAGUAUGUGAGAGUAACUGUUGAUUGGUAGUGGAAGCGAUAUUCGUUGCCAUCGUCAUCAUCAUCGAAGUUGAGCAGCAGGCAGAAGGUUCUGGGAGAAGCAGUUGGACUGUUGAAGGACUGAUGUGUUAUAUUUCAAAGGAUCUGCUUUUGCAGUUGCAGCUGAUGCAUACAAUUUUUUUUUUUAAUUGGGAUACAUGUUUCUAUAAUUCUAUUGUGCAUUUCCAUUGCCUUGAGAGUUUAAUUCAUACUUGUGCAAUGAGCAUUCUUCGUGCUUAUACUAAAUAAUGCCAGUGAUGGGCUAUGAUGAUAAAUUUGUGCGCACUAGAAGGACUUGAAUGUAGUCAUCUUUUUCAUUUCAGAAUUGAGACCAGUGGAUUUUCAUUA